CCGAAUGAUCCGCAGAGCAGUGCGUCACGAUGGUGUUAUAAAUGGAGUCCAGGCGCUGGAAUGGUCCUUCACUGACAGGCAGCAGGCAGAGGAGCACCUGGAGCUCACACAGCAGGACAUCAGCAGCACACCUGCCGGCCACCGACACCUCCACACGGCUGUGCCCCCCGAGCUUUCAUCAACAUGGUUGGACUCAAACCUUCAGACAUUCCUCCAACCCCCGGGGUGAAGUUCCUGAGUGCCGGGACUGCUGCCUGCAUCGCCGACCUCUUCACGUUCCCGCUGGACACCGCCAAAGUCAGGCUGCAGAUUCAAGGAGAAAAGGCAGCUGUGGAAGCCGCAAAAAAUAUCCGCUACAGAGGAGUGUUUGGAACGAUCACGACCAUGAUUAAAACUGAAGGCCCGAGGAGUCUCUACAACGGUCUGGUGGCUGGCCUGCAACGCCAGAUGGGCUUUGCGUCCAUUCGAAUCGGACUCUACGACACGGUCAAGCAGCUCUACAUGAACGGCAGGGAGAAUGCCAGCAUUGGGAUCAGGAUCUUGGCAGGGUGCACCACAGGAGCGAUGGCCGUGUCCGUUGCUCAGCCUACCGACGUGGUAAAGGUCAGGUUUCAGGCUCAGAUGAACCUCCAGGGCGUACAGAGGAGAUACAAAGGCACGCUCCACGCGUACAAAACCAUCUUCCUAGAAGAAGGAGUCCGAGGGCUUUGGAAAGGCACUUUGCCCAACAUCACGAGGAACGCCAUUGUGAACUGUGCUGAACUGGUAACCUACGACAUUAUCAAGGAGGCCAUCCUGAAGCACAAUCUAAUGACAGACAACUUGCCCUGCCACUUUGUUUCAGCGUUUGGAGCCGGGUUCUGUACCACGGUGGUGGCCUCACCAGUAGAUGUCGUCAAAACCCGCUAUAUGAAUUCGCCCCCGGGCCAAUACACGAGUGCCAUCAACUGUGCCUGGAGGAUGCUCACCAGAGAGGGGCCGACGGCGUUUUACAAAGGGUUUGUCCCGUCAUUCCUGAGGCUGGGCUCCUGGAACAUUGUGAUGUUUGUGUCUUACGAACAACUGAAGCGAGCCAUGAUGAAGUCCAAGCAGUCCGUGGAAUACGUAGCGUGAAGACGGGCUGUCGGCAGAAUCUGACUGUCCUGCUAGAAUUUGAUCCAAACAGACGCACAGGGACGGACUUAAAACAGAACAAAAACAAAAAACGUUUCGAUUUAGACCACGUUAGAAAUUAAAAAUUCUGAGGACGGGCCAGAAAAGAUCCAUAAGCACUUUCAAUCCCCCGCGUCAUUCGGAGCCGGUAGUGGAGUAGAUAAUCAGCACCCUGGUCCUGCCUGGAUGUGUUUGUUUGAACCUGAGAUGGGAAACGGACAGUGGAGACGAGUGAAGACGCGAGGCCAUCUUCAUAUUACAGGAGACGGAGCGAGACCACAAAGCACUUUAAGGGGACUGCAGGAAGGUGGGUGUCACCUGGUGGGCAGGCUGGCUGACCACAGUUACACAGUAUAAUUAGCCGCUGGCCUGACAGUCACCAUUCUGAUCUUCCUGUGACCACCAACCAGUCACAAAGAUGAGACUAACAACAGGCAAGUCAUACGCGAGCCAAAGGUCUGCGUCUCGUUUUCAUCCGACACGACGGUAAAGCACUGCAGUGUUUAAUUAUCAUCCUUAUUCAAGGCUUUAAAACGUGAAAAACAAAACUCUAACCUGAUAUUUAUUUAUUCAUACAGUGAGUGAAUAAUAAAAAAAAUAUUUAUACAAA